AUGGCUACAAGAAAAAUUGAGCUUGACUACAUUAGUGAUGGCUCCAAGAGAAAUACAACAUUGAGAAAAAGGAAGCAAGGUAUCAUUAAGAAGAUGGAUGAAAUUACCACCCUUUGUGGAAUUGAUGCAUGUGGCAUAAUCUAUGAUGAAAAUAUGUCACAUCCAACAAUUUGGCCAUCAAAAGAUACAUUUCAAACAUUGAUGGACAGAUUUAGAGCCCUUCCUGAAUCCAAACAAAGAAAAGUGACGUUGGAUCACGAGGGCUUAUUGAAGAUGACAAUAGCGAAAGAUCAAGAGAAAUUAAUGAAACAAAAGGACAUCACCAAGAAGAAGGAAAUGAAUAAUUUACUUGAUCAUUUUAUCCGAACAGGUGAGUUUGAUGGAAAUGAUUUGAGCGAGAGUGAUCUCGAAGAUCUGUCGUUGCUUGUUGAUAGCAACCUUAAAGAACUCGAGUAG